AUGAGCUUCAUUAAAAAAUUAUCCAAAUUUAUUAAUAAAUUAAAUAUUUCUGAUAAAGAUUCUAAUUCCGUAAAAAUUAAUCAUGAAAAUUGUUAUGACCCAGAUAAUAAUAAAUUUUGGUGUAAAGAAUGUGUUCCUCGUUGCAUAAUUGAAGGAUGGACCAGUGGAAAUGAUGAUAUUGAUAAUUUUAUCAAGGAUACAAUUUAUAAUUAUGAUGAAGGUUUUUCAUUUCUUGAAUGGGUUCCAUUUGAUAGAUUUGAAGAUAUGAAACAAAUAGGUAAAGGCGGAUUUGCAAAAGUGUAUUCUGCAACUUGGAUUGAUGGUAUAGCAAAAUACAUUAAACAAGAUGAUGGAAAUUGGAUAAAAAGUGAACCUGAAUCCAAAAAAGUUGCUUUAAAAAUGCUGAAUGGAUCACAGAAUAUGUCAGCUGAUUUUUUAAAUGAGCUUAAAACACAUCGGAAGUUAAAUUGCUUGCAAGAAAGUUCUUUAGAAUUUUAUGGAAUAACUAAAGACCCAGAAACUGAAGAAUUUAUAAUGAUUAUGCAAUAUGCAGAUGAUGGAAAUUUGAGAAAUAUUCUUUCAAGUAAUUUUAACAAAAUUUUAUGGAAGGAGAAACUUAAAUAUUUAUCUUAUUCAGCAUUGGACCUUAAAUAUUUACAUGAAUUAGGAUAUUUUCAUAAAGAUUUUCAUAGUGGAAAUAUAUUAAGUAUUGAGGGAUAUUCUUAUAUAUCAGAUUUUGGAUUAUCUGGACCAUCAAAUGAACAAAAAUUAGAUAAUAAAAUAUAUGGUGUGUUGCCAUAUAUUGCUCCAGAAGUUUUAAAUGGAGAACCAUAUACAUUAUCUUCUUACAUUUAUAGUUUUGGUGUAAUUAUGGCUGAAUUAUCAUCUGGAAAACCACCUUUUCAUAAAAGAAAUCAUGAUAAUAGCUUAGCAUUAAAAAUAUGUAAUGGACUCAGACCAGAAUUUGGAAAAGGAACUCCUGAAAUUUAUAAGAAAUUAGCUCAUAGAUGUAUGGAUGCUAAUCCAAAUCAAAGACCAACAGCCAAUGAAUUAUAUGAAAUAUUAGAUUGUUGGUAUCAUUAUAAUGAUGAUGAAAAAUAUGGUUAUAAAGGAAAAGAAGUUAAAGCUGUAUUUGAUGAAGCUGAUAAAGAGAUACCAAAUAUUUCAGCCUUGUAUGAAAAAGAUCCUGAUGCUAUUUACACUAGUAGAGCAUUUACAUUUAAAAAUUUAUCAAAACCUAUUAAUUCAUCUUUUAUUGUUACAACAUAUCUUAAUGAAGAAGAUAAUGAUGGUUGUCAGGAUUCUCAGUUAGUUGACUUAGAGAUUUCUAGUUCAUUAAAAUUAAAGGAUGAUGAUGUUGACAACUAA